AUGUUCGUAGACGAAGAGUUCGAGUGUGUCGUUUGCUGCAACGAGUACUCUCGCAGCCUCCGGGUCCCCAGGGUGCUCCACUGCAGCCACACCUUCUGUGCACCCUGCCUGGAGAGACUGGCCCAGCUGAACGGUGUCAUCCGCAGCGUCUCCUGCCCGCUGUGCCGCUGGAUUACCUGCACCCGAGCCAGUCUGACCCUGCCCGGGGCCCUGUGGGUUAACACGGAUAUCUGGGACCAGAUUGUGGAGGAGCGGCAGUUGAAAUCACCUGAAUCUUUGGAGGAUUUAAGCAAGACGAAGACCCAACUCAUUAAGUCAACACUGUGA